AUGGCUCUCAUCCACCCUAAAUCUUGCGAGAGCGUACAUUCCGGACUAGACUUGUUUUCCGUCCCUCCUACGCAAACGGCUGUCGAGGAAGGUUCUUUUGUAGAGUAUUACCCGCUAAGUGCCAUCUCGUCAGGAGCUCCCAUCGAAUUUUCUAUCAACGGCGCCACAGAAGACUACUUGGACCUCAGCAACACCUUUUUGCACGUCAGAGCCAAAGUCACCGAGGCUGAUGGGUCAGAUUUGGCCGACGGUAAAGACGUCGCUCCCAUCAACUACUGGUUGCACAGUCUGUUUUCUCAAGUCGACAUUAGUUUAAACGACACUCUCAUCACAUCUAGCGACAACACGUACCCGUACAGAGCUUACCUGGAGGCGACGCUAAACUUUGGUUCUGAUGCCAAGAGAGGACAUCUGACGGCUGCCCUUUACUACAGAGAUUCAGCCAACCACCUAGAUGAUACGCAGGGAGACGCAAAUGCUGGCCUCAAGAUUCGGCGAGACAUGAGUGCUAAAAGCAAGGAAAUAGACAUGAUGGGUCGUCUCCACGCAGACAUUAUGCAUCAGGAACGCUACAUGCUACCAGGGGUGGACGUCAAGAUCAGACUGAUCCCGUCUAAAGCUGCUUUUAACUUGAUAGCUCACAAUGAAGACGGAGGAUAUCGCAGCACCAUCACACACGCUUCUCUGUUUGUCCGCAAGGCCAAACUCAACCCUGCAGUGUCGCUCGCACACGAAAAGGCGUUAGAAAAGGGAACGGCCAAGUACCCCAUGAAAAGGGUGGUGCAAAAGACUUUUUCUAUUCCAGGAGGACAACUGUCACACGUUCAAGACAACCUGUUUCUCAGUCAAUCUCCCACGCGCAUCAUCAUCGGUCUAGUGGAUACCGCCGCCUUUAAUGGAAAAUUGAAGGCGAACCCGUUCAACUUUAAAACACACAACCUGUCCUUUGUUUGUCUGUACAUGGAUGGACGUCAAGUGCCUGCCAAACAGCUGAUGCCCGACUUUGAAAAUCAACACCACGUCAGAGCUUAUCAUGGGUUGAUGACGGCUACCGGUCAUACAGGACGAGAUUCGGGCAAUUACAUCGAAUACAGGGACUUUGCGCUGGGCUACACCCUCUACGCGUUUGACUUGUCACCCAGUUUGGUGGACGGAGACCAGUUUGAGCUGGUCAAGAGCGGUGCGCUGCGACUGGAGCUAAAAUUUAGCGACCCCUUAGCCAACCCUGUUCAUGUGAUUGUCUUUGGUGAACUCGACAGCAUGAUUGGAAUUGACCGCAGUCGUCAGGUGCUGACAGAUUUUUCAGCAUGA